UUUGUUAUGUUGCAGCAGUCUUCGCUUAUUUGGCUGCCUUCUCUCCGUCUCGAUCAUCUGCACAGUCCUUAGCUGUACCCCAAGCUCUACUACACUCAAAGCGUCGGCAACAGUAUCGAGAAGACCCUGACAUGCGACAGAAUUUCCCCACACUCAACAGAAUACCGACCAGCAACAUUCUGAACGAUGACAGGAGAUGAAGGUAUGAUACAUCAAACGAUGAACUCCGCUGGAGUCAUCAGAGCCGAUGGCCACGCGAAGGUCCAUAUUGGGAACAGCUAUUCCACCACCCACAACUACCCAGAUUCCAGCCGCCACCUCGCCGAUUCCUACCACACCGAAACGGGUCGAGAGAAAGUGCGCGUCGAAUUCCUCCUCCGACUGUAUAGCUCACCGUACGAAGACCGCAAGAACAGAAACCCCAGGCGAGCAGAUGGCACUUGCGAAUGGUUUACUAGUCACCCUCUCUUCCAAAACUGGCAGAACGAGACAUCAGCACUGCUCUGGGUUUCUGCAGACCCUGGUUGUGGCAAAUCUGUGCUAUCGAAAUACCUGGUAGAUGCGGUUCUACCUUCAAACGCUACUAGGACGACGUUAUAUUUCUUCUUCAAGGAUGACUUUGAAGACCAAAGAACUUCAAAAGACGCUCUUCGUUGCGUUCUCCAUCAGCUCUUUAAGCAGAAACCAGCCUUACUCUUGGAUGAGAUCCUCAAAGACUUCGCAGAAGAGGGAGAUCAGCUUGUCGCAUCUUUCCCUCGGCUCUGGGACAUAUUUACCAAGGCAACCAGCGAUCCAAGUCAUGGCGAAAUGGUCUGCAUCUUAGAUGCCCUCGAUGAAUGUGUGGACCAAAAACAGCUUAUCAAUGCUUUGGCGCAGCAUUAUAGCAUAUCCAGGGGAACAUCUGCACUCAAAUUCCUUGUGACCAGCCGCCCAUAUUCGCAGAUUAGACGAGGCCUCCAGAACCUUGAAGACUCUCACCCUACUAUCCACCUUAGUGGUGAGAGUCAAGAAGAGGUGGACAAGAUUGCACAGGAAAUUACUAUCGUUAUCCAACAACGCAUAGCGGACCUUAGCAGGAAGCUCAAACUUGAUUUAGAAACGAAGGAACUAUUGGGCAACGAACUUGCUAAUGUUGGCCACCGAACAUAUCUAUGGGUCCACCUGAUCUUUGCCGUCAUUGAAGAAGCUGUUUUUUUGACUAAGAGCGAUUUGCUUGAUAAGAUUCGUAGCCUACCUCAGACAGUGGAAGAGGCAUACGAAAGCAUUCUUCGCAAAAGUCAGAAUCCCGAUAAGGCCAAAAAGAUCUUACAAAUCGUCAUUGCAGCAUAUAGGCCGCUGCGUCUCGAAGAGUUGGCUGAAGCAUUGGCAUUUCGAGGAGAGAGUCACCGAUGCCACGAUGAGCUCGCACGAGACCUAUUGCCAAUUAGACAUUUAAAUUCUGCGGUCCGGGAGACUUGUGGAUUGUUCAUAGUUGUCCAGGAUUCGCAAGUCUUUCUACUACAUCAGACCGCCAGAGAAUUUUUAAUUCGUUUGCCAGCUCAGCCAUUCGACACUCGAUCUCACUCCUUAAAAUGGCAGCACUCUCUUGACUUAGAAGAGUCACACGGUCUGCUUUCAGAUAUAUGUGUUAGGUAUCUACUUCUCACCGAUUUUCAAAAGCCCGUCAACUCUGAGAAUGGUUUCGGCUUUCUAGACUACGCUGCAAGCAACUGGGCGGACCAUUAUCGUCAGACAGGCAACAGACUUGGCACAGACUUGGAAUGUCUGGCCUUGCGGCUUUGCGACACACAAUCCUGGGCAUGCACACUAUGGCUAAAAGUGUGUGCGAAAACGCGACAUGACAGCCGGUUAAUAGAAGAUCUCCCUACAUCCCUUCUAGUCGUAUCCUAUUUUGGUUUAAGCAACUUAGUGGAAAUUAUCCUGUCCAAGAAGGAAACAGAUCUAUGGAGAACAGGUCGGUCUUUUCGAACCGCUCUGUCAUGGGCGAGUGAGAAAGGAUAUGACUCAAUAGUACAAUCGCUCCUAGAUCGAGUGCCAAGGUACCGGGUAGUGCUCAGAGACAAGCUAAGAUUAAUAUCAUCUUUUACCAUCAUAAAUCAGAAGGAUGAGGGUGGCCAAUCGCCACUGUUCUAUGCUGCAGAAAAAGGGCACUUGGAUAUUGUCCGCCAGCUACUUCGAAGAGGCGCAAGGGUUGACGCUAGAGAUCAUUCUGGCUUAACACCUCUGAUACGGGCGAUUUUUGCUGGCCACAGUGAUGUGGUUGCGCUACUCUUUAGCACAAGUGCUCAAUCGAACCCUAACUGUCUAGAGAGAAAUAAGUAUGAUCACGGCCGGACUCCUCUGAUAAGAGCCGUGAUUGAUAAUGCUGGAGCUGCUGCUAAGCUACUCCUUGACCUCGGUGCGCAGGUCAACGCCAUAGACGAGUACAAAAUGACGGCUCUGAUGUAUGCUUCGAGUGCUGGCUGGAACUCUUUAGUUACACUACUCCUUGAACAUGGUGCGCAAAUUCACGCCACAAAUAAGAACAGAGAGACCACCUUGAUGUACGCUUCAAGGUCUAAAUGCGACUCUAUAGUUACACUACUCCUUGAACAUGGUGCGCAUAUUCACGCUACAAACAAGGACGGGGAAACCGCCCUGAUGUACGCCUCGACGGCUGGACGCGACUCUAUAAUCACGCUACUCUUUAAACGUGGCGCACAUAUCAAUACUACAAACAUUAAUGGAAAAACAGCUCUGAUGAUGGCUUCAGAUUCUUAUAAGCCUAACACUGGAGUCAUACUACUCCUACUCAGCUACGGUGCACAGAUUGAUCUUGCAGAUAGAUGGUGGGGGAGCACGGCUCUAAUGAUCGCUUCAAACAAUGGCUAUAACGAUAUAGUCAAAACGCUUCUUAACCACGGCGCACAGAAGUGACAUUGCAGAUAAAAAAGGGAGCACAGCUCUAAUGCUUGCUUCACAAUAUGGCUGUUACGCUAUAGUGAAAGAACUUCUUAACCACGGCAC